AGGCGCCGGGAUCGCGACCGCUGGCUGCUGAGGCUGUGUCUACGCUCGCCGGAGCCAGGCGGCCGGGCCUCUGCCGUCAGGUCUUCGUCCCCGCGGGGCGGCGAGGGCGGCCGGCCGCUGGGGCGGUGCGGGCCCGGGCCAGGCCGAGCCGGUGCACGGCGGGCGUUGGCGCAGCCGCCGGACCUUGGCCUGCGCGGACCGCCGGCGGCGCGGGUCUUGGCUGCCUUCUCAUUUCCAAGUGAUUAUUGUUUUGGAUUUUUCUGCAGACGUGAAGUUUGAUUAAUUUAUUUCACUCACCAGUCGCUGGUCAGAGGUUUUACAGCUGGGAGGAAACCAGGAGAAAGAUGCCUUCUGAUUCUUUCUGUUUGGCUGCCCAGGCUCGACUUGAUUCCAAAUGGUUGAAAACAGAUAUACAGCUUGCAUUCACAAGAGAUGGGCUCUGUGGUCUGUGGAAUGAAAUGGUUAAAGAUGGAGAAAUUGUAUAUACUGGGACAGAAUUAACGCAGAAUGGAGAGCUUCCGCCUAGAAAAGAUGAUGGUGUUGAUACUCAGAUUGGAACAAAGAAAGAAGAUCUGAAUGACAAAGAGAAGAAAGAUGAGGAAGAAACUCCUGCACUUGCAUAUAGGGCCAAAUCAAUCCUAGAGAGCUGGGUAUGGGGCAAGCAACCAGAUGUGAAUGAACUGAAGGAAUGUCUUUCUGUGUUGGUUAAAGAGCAACAAGUUCUUGCCAUCCAGUCAGCCACCACUACCCUUUCAGCCCUGAGGCUCAAGCAGAGGCUUGUCAUUUUGGAGCGAUAUUUCAUUGCCUUGAAUAGAACUGUUUUUCAGGAGAAUGUCAAAGUUAAGUGGAAAAGCAGCAGCAUUUCUUUGCCUCCUGUGGACAAAAAAAGUUCCCGGCCCACAGGCAAAGGGGUGGAAGGCCUCGCGAGAGUCGGAUCCCGAGCAGCUCUGUCCUUUGCCUUCGCGUUCUUGCGCAGGGCCUGGCGGUCAGGGGAGGAUGCGGACCUCUGCAGUGAGCUGUUACAGGAAUCCCUGGAUGCCCUGAGAGCCCUGCCCGAGGCCUCACUCUUUGAUGAGAGCACAGUGUCCUCUGUGUGGCUGGAGGUGGUGGAAAGAGCAACCCGGUUCCUCAGAUCCGUCGUGACAGGGGAUGUUCAUGGAACGCCUGGUACGAAAGGGCCAGGAAGCAUUCCCCUGCAAGACCAGCACCUGGCCCUGGCCAUCCUGCUGGAGCUGGCUGUGCAGAGAGGCACGCUGAGCCAAAUGUUGUCUGCCAUCCUGUUGUUGCUUCAGUUAUGGGACAGUGGGACACAGGAAACUGACAAUGAGCGAUCUGCCCAGGGCACCAGUGCCCCGCUUCUCCCUUUGCUGCAAAGGUUCCAGAGCAUCAUCUGCAGUAAAGAUGGCCCUCAUACAGAGGGCGACACUCAUCUUCUGUCUGGCCCUCUGAGCCCCAAUGAGAGUUUCCUGAGGUACCUGACUCUUCCACAGGACAACGAGCUUGCCAUAGACUUACGACAAACUGCGGUCGUUGUCAUGGCCCACUUAGACCGCCUGGCCACCCCUUGUAUGCCACCUCUGUGUAGCUCUCCAACAUCGCAUAAGGGAUCAUUGCAAGAGGUCAUAGGAUGGGGGUUAAUAGGAUGGAAAUACUAUGCCAACGUGAUCGGUCCAAUUCAAUGUGAAGGCCUUGCCAACCUGGGGGUCACGCAGAUCGCCUGUGCAGAGAAGCGCUUCCUGAUCCUGUCGAGGAAUGGCCGUGUGUACACGCAGGCAUACAAUAGCGACACGCUGGCCCCACAGCUGGUCCAGGGUCUUGCCUCGAGAAACAUUAUAAAAAUUGCUGCCCAUUCCGAUGGUCACCACUACCUGGCCUUGGCAGCCACUGGAGAGGUGUAUUCCUGGGGCUGUGGGGAUGGCGGACGAUUGGGCCACGGGGACACUGUGCCGCUUGAGGAGCCUAAGGUGAUCUCUGCUUUCUCAGGAAAGCAGGCUGGGAAGCACGUGGUGCACAUUGCCUGUGGGAGCACAUACAGUGCAGCCAUCACUGCCGAGGGGGAACUCUACACCUGGGGCCGUGGGAACUAUGGCCGUUUAGGCCACGGUUCCAGUGAAGAUGAGGCCAUUCCAAUGCUGGUAGCUGGGCUCAAAGGACUGAAGGUCAUUGAUGUGGCAUGUGGGAGUGGGGAUGCUCAAACCCUGGCCGUGACGGAGAACGGUCAAGUGUGGUCUUGGGGCGAUGGUGACUAUGGCAAAUUGGGCAGAGGUGGUAGUGAUGGCUGCAAAACACCAAAGCUGAUUGAAAAGCUUCAAGACUUGGAUGUUGUCAAAGUCCGAUGUGGAAGUCAGUUUUCUAUUGCUUUAACAAAAGAUGGCCAAGUUUAUUCAUGGGGUAAAGGUGACAACCAGAGACUUGGGCAUGGAACAGAAGAACAUGUUCGUUAUCCCAAACUCUUGGAAGGAUUGCAAGGGAAGAAGGUGAUUGAUGUGGCUGCAGGUUCCACCCACUGCCUGGCUCUGACUGAGGACAGUGAGGUUCAUAGCUGGGGGAGCAAUGACCAGUGCCAGCACUUUGACACCUUGCGUGUGACUAAGCCAGAACCCUCUGCACUGCCAGGACUGGAUACCAAACACAUAGUUGGAAUUGCCUGUGGACCUGCUCAGAGUUUUGCUUGGUCAUCUUGUUCGGAGUGGUCCAUUGGUCUCCGCGUCCCUUUUGUGGUAGACAUCUGCUCAAUGACUUUUGAGCAGUUAGACCUCCUUCUGCGGCAAGUUAGUGAGGGAAUGGAUGGCACUGCUGACUGGCCCCCACCCCAAGAGAAAGAAUGUAUGGCUGUGGCAACACUGAAUCUUCUACGACUUCAGUUGCAUGCUGCCAUUAGUCACCAGGUUGACCCAGAAUUCCUUGGUUUAGGUCUGGGCAGCAUCCUUCUCAACAGCCUGAAGCAGACCGUGGUGGCCCUGGCCAGCAGUGCGGGCGUGUUGAGUACUGUGCAGGCAGCUGCCCAGGCUGUGCUGCAGAGCGGGUGGUCUGUGCUGCUGCCUACCGCUGAGGAGCGGGCCCGGGCACUCUCUGCUCUUCUGCCCUGUGCAGUUUCAGGCAAUGAUGUUAACAUAAGUCCAGGUCGUCGAUUUAUGAUUGAUCUUCUUGUGGGCAGCUUGAUGGCUGAUGGAGGCUUAGAGUCAGCCUUAAAUGCAGCUAUUACUGCAGAAAUUCAGGAUAUUGAAGCCAAAAAAGAAGCACAGAAGGAAAAAGAAAUUGAUGAACAGGAAGCAAAUGCCUCAACAUUUCAUAGAAGUAGGACUCCAUUGGAUAAAGAUCUUAUUAAUACGGGAAUCUAUGAAUCUUCUGGAAAACAGUGUUUGCCUCUUGUUCAGCUCAUACAACAGCUUCUUAGAAACAUUGCUUCUCAGACAGUAGCCAGAUUGAAAGAUGUUGCCCGUCGGAUAUCAUCAUGUCUAGACUUUGAACAGCACAGUCGUGAGAGAUCUGCUUCCUUGGAUUUGUUGCUGCGUUUUCAGCGCUUACUUAUCAGUAAACUUUAUCCAGGAGAAAGUGUUGGUCAGACUUCAGAUAUUUCUAGUCCUGAACUCAUGGGGGUUGGUUCCUUGCUGAAGAAGUAUACAGCCCUUUUGUGCACACACAUUGGAGACAUACUGCCUGUGGCAGCCAGCAUUGCUUCUACUAGUUGGCGGCAUUUUGCAGAGGUGGCCUGCAUUGUAGAAGGGGACUUCACUGGCAUUCUCCUUCCAGAACUAGUAGUGUCUAUAGUCCUUCUGCUUAGUAAAAAUGCUGGUCUAAUGCAGGAGGCUGGAGCUGUCCCUCUUCUGGGUGGCCUGUUAGAACAUCUGGAUCGGUUCAACCACCUGGCACCAGGAAAGGAAAGGGACGACCAUGAAGAGUUAGCCUGGCCUGGCAUCAUGGAGUCAUUUUUUACAGGUCAGAACUGUAGAAAUAAUGAGGAAGUGACACUUAUACGCAAAGCUGAUUUGGAGAACCACAAUAAAGAUGGAGGCUUCUGGACUGUGAUUGAUGGGAAAGUGUAUGAUAUAAAGGACUUCCAGACGCAGUCAUUAACGGGAAACAGUAUUCUCGCUCAGUUUGUAGGGGAGGACCCAGUGGUAGCUUUGGAAGCUGCUUUGCAGUUUGAGGACACGCGGGAGUCAAUGCACGCCUUCUGUGUUGGCCAGUAUCUGGAGCCUGACCAAGAAGUCGUUACCAUACCAGAUUUGGGAAGUCUGUCUUCACCCUUGAUAGACACUGAGAGGAAUCUGGGCCUGCUUCUUGGAUUACAUGCUUCCUAUUUAGCUAUGAGCACACCACUGUCUCCAGUUGAGGUUGAAUGUGCCAAGUGGCUUCAGUCAUCCAUCUUCUCUGGAGGCCUGCAGACCAGCCAGAUCCACUACAGUUACAAUGAGGAGAAAGACGAGGACCACUGCAGCUCUCCUGGGGGCACUCCUGCCAGCAAGUCCCGGCUCUGCUCCCAUAGACGAGCCCUGGGUGACCAUUCCCAGGCAUUCCUGCAAGCCAUUGCUGACAAUAACAUUCAGGAUCACAACGUGAAGGACUUUCUGUGUCAAAUAGAGAGGUACUGUAGGCAGUGCCACUUGACCACGCCCAUCACCUUUCCUCCUGAGCAUCCUGUGGAGGAGGUCGGCCGCUUGCUAUUAUGUUGCCUCUUAAAACAUGAAGAUUUAGGUCACGUGGCAUUAUCUUUAGUUCAUGCAGGUGCCCUUGGUAUUGAGCAGGUAAAACACAGAACAUUGCCUAAAUCAGUGGUGGAUGUUUGUAGAGUUGUCUACCAAGCAAAAUGUUCACUCAUUAAGACACAUCAAGAACAGGGUCGUUCUUACAAGGAGGUUUGUGCCCCAGUCAUUGAACGUUUGAGGUUCCUCUUUAAUGAACUGAGACCUGCAGUUUGUAAUGACCUCUCUAUAAUGUCCAAGUUUAAACUGUUAAGUUCUUUGCCUCGUUGGAGGAGGAUUGCUCAGAAGAUAAUUCGAGAACGAAGGAAGAAGAGAGCUCCUAAGAAGCCAGAAUCUACAGAUGAUGAAGAAAAAAUUGGAAAUGGAGAGAGUGAUUUAGAAGAAGCUUGUAUUUUGCCUCACAGUCCUAUUAAUGUGGACAAAAGACCCAUAACAAUUAAAUCACCCAAGGAUAAAUGGCAGCCAAUCUUGAGUACUGUUACAGGUGUUCACAAAUACAAAUGGCUGAAGCAGAAUGUUCAGGGUCUUUAUCCUCAGUCUGCACUCCUCAGUACAAUUGCUGAAUUUGUCCUUAAAGAAGAACCAGUGGAUGUGGAAAAAAUGAGAAAAUGCCUACUAAAACAGUUGGAGAGAGCAGAGGUUCGCCUGGAAGGGAUAGAUACAAUUUUAAAACUGGCCUCCAAAAACUUCUUACUUCCAUCUGUGCAGUAUGCUAUGUUCUGUGGAUGGCAAAGGCUUAUUCCAGAGGGGAUUGAUAUAGGGGAACCCCUUACAGAUUGUUUAAAGGAUGUUGAUUUGAUCCCACCUUUUAAUCGGAUGCUGCUCGAAGUAACUUUUGGCAAGCUGUAUGCCUGGGCUGUUCAGAAUAUUCGAAGUGUUUUGAUGGAUGCAAAUGCCAAAUUUAAAGAGCUUGGUAUCCAGCCUGUCCCUCUGCAAACCAUUACCAAUGAGAACCCAUCAGGGCCAAGCCUGGGGACGACCCCGCAAGCUCGCUUUCUCCUGGUCAUGCUCAGCAUGCUCACCCUGCAGCACGGCCCCCACAACCUGAGCCUCCUGCUGAACUCUGGCACGCUCGCCCUCACACAGACAGCCCUUCGGCUCAUUGGCCCCAGUUGUGAUAAUGUUGAAGAAGACAUGAAUGCUUCUGCCCGAGGAGCUUCUGCCACAGUUUUAGAAGAGACACGGAAGGAGACAGCCCCAGUGCAGCUCCCGGUUUCAGGGCCGGAGCUGGCGGCCAUGAUGAAGAUUGGAACCAGGGUCAUGAGAGGCGUGGACUGGAAAUGGGGUGAUCAGGAUGGACCUCCUCCUGGCCUGGGCCGCGUGAUUGGUGAACUUGGAGAGGACGGGUGGAUCAGGGUCCAGUGGGACACAGGCAGCACCAACUCCUACAGAAUGGGGAAGGAGGGGAAGUACGACCUGAAGCUGGCAGAGUUGCCGGCCUCCACGCAGCCCUCGGCGGAGGACUCGGACACAGAAGAUGACUCUGAAGCUGAACAAAUUGAAAGGAACAUUCACCCCACUGCAAUGAUGCUCACCAGCACUGUGAAUUUACUGCAGACUCUUUGUCUCUCUGCUGGAGUCCAUGCUGAAGUCAUGCAGAGUGAAGCCCUCAAGACUCUGUGUGGGCUCCUGCGAGUAUUGGUGGAGAGUGGGACGACGGAUAAGACAUCCUCCCCCAGCAGGCAGGUGUGCCGGGAACAGCACCGGAGCUGGUGCACCCUGGGCUUCGUGCGCAGCAUUGCACUCACCCCACACAUGUGCGCCGCCCUCAGCUCUGCACCGUGGAUUACGCUGCUCACCAAGGUCGUGGAGGGACACGCGCCUUUCACCGCUGCCUCAUUGCAGCGGCAGAUCUUAGCCGUACAUCUGCUGCAAGCAGUACUUCCGUCAUGGGACAAGGCGGAAAGGGCAAGGGACAUGGAGUGCCUUGUGGAGAAGCUGUUUGAUUUCCUGGGCAGCUUGCUCACCACCUGCUCUUCAGACGUCCCAUUUCUCAGAGAAUCUACCCUGAGGAGGCGGAGGGCCCGCCCGCAGGCUUCUCUGACGGCCACGCACAGCAGCACGUUAGCAGAAGAGGUGGUGGCGCUGCUCCGCACACUGCACUCCUUGGGCCAGUGGAACGGACUCAUAAACAAGUACAUCAACUCGCAGCUCCACUCUGUCACCCGUAGCUCCACUGGGAAGCCAGCGGAGGGGGCCCUGUUAGAAGACUACUUUCCUGAUUCUGAGAACCCUGAGGUGGGGGGCCUCAUGGCAGUCCUGGCUGUGAUUGGAGGCAUUGAUGGUCGCUUGCGACUAGGGGGACAAGUCAUGCAUGAUGAGUUUGGAGAAGGCACCGUGACUCGCAUCACCCCGAAGGGCAAAAUCACCGUGCAGUUCUCCGACAUGCGGACCUGUCGCAUUUGCCCACUGAAUCAGCUGAAGCCACUCCCUGCGGUGGCCUUCUCCGUCACCAACUUACCCUUCACGGAACCCAUGCUCUCGGUCUGGGCUCAGUUGGUGAACCUUGCUGGAAGCAAACUGGAAAAGCACAAAAUAAAGAAGUCAUUUAAACAGGGUUUCACAGGACAAGUAGACCUGGACCUGCUGAGGAGCCAGCAGCUAAAGCUGUAUAUCCUAAAGGCCGGCCGUGCUCUGCUUUCCCACCAGGACCAACUCAGGCAGAUUUUGUCUCAGCCAGCUGUUCAGGAGACUCCAGCUGCUCACACAGGAUCAGAGUGGGGAGAGAAAAUGAACACAGAUGACUCUAUCCAAGAUGAUGGAGCAGCUGCAUCCCCUGACCUUGGGGACAUGUCUCCUGAAGGGCCACAGCCCCCAAUGAUCCUCUUGCAGCAGUUACUCGCCUCAGCCACCCAGCCGUCUCCAGUGAAGGCCAUAUUUGACAAACAGGAGCUUGAGGCUGCUGCAUUGGCAGUGUGUCAGUAUUUGGCCGUGGAGUCCACUCACCCAUCAAGCCCAUUGUUUGAAGAUUGCAGCUCCAGUGAGGCCACAACACCUGUCCCCAUGCAGCAUGUUCGUCCCGUCAGAGCAAAGAAGCACAAGCAGCCGCCUGGUCCUGCUCUGCCUAUUGUGGUUCAGCUCAUGGAAAUGGGAUUUCCUCGGAGGAACAUAGAGUUUGCUCUGAAGUCACUCACUGGCACCUCAGGGAAUGCUGCUGGCUUGCCAGGCGUGGAGGCCUUGGUUGGGUGGCUGCUGGACCAUGCUGACGUGCAGGUCACAGAUCUCUCGGAUGCAGACACAGGGUCUGAGGAGUGUUCAGAUGAGGAAGUAGUAGAGGAUGUGGACGACACGGCCUACGCUAUGUCUACUGGUGCUGUUGUAACAGAGAGCCAGACUUACAAAAAACGAGCUGAUUUCUUGAGUAAUGAUGAUUAUGCUGUGUACGUGAGGGAGAAUAUUCAGGUGGGAAUGAUGGUUAGAUGCUGUCGAACAUAUGAGGAAGUGUGUGAGGGAGAUGUGGGCAAAGUAAUCAAACUGGAUAGAGAUGGAUUACAUGACCUCAAUGUGCAGUGUGAUUGGCAACAGAAAGGAGGCACUUACUGGGUUAGGUAUAUUCAUGUGGAACUUAUAGGCUAUCCUCCACCAAGUUCUCCUUCUCACAUCAAGAUUGGUGAUAAAGUUCGAGUCAAAGCCUCAGUCACCACACCGAAAUACAAAUGGGGAUCUGUGACUCAUCAAAGUGUGGGGGUCGUGAAAGCUUUCAGUGCCAAUGGAAAAGAUGUUAUUGUCGACUUUCCCCAGCAGUCGCACUGGACUGGGCUGUUAUCAGAAAUGGAGUUGGUACCCAGUGUUCAUCCUGGUGUUACGUGCGAUGGCUGUCAGAUGUUUCCUAUCAAUGGAUCUAGAUUCAAAUGCAGAAACUGUGAUGACUUUGAUUUUUGUGAAACAUGUUUCAAAACCAGAAAACAUAAUGCAAGGCAUACAUUUGGCAGAAUAAAUGAACCAGGACAGUCUGCAAUAUUUUGUGGCCGUUCUGGAAAACAGCUGAAGCGCUGUCAUAAUAGUCAGCCAGGAAUGCUGCUGGACAGCUGGGCACGGAUGGUGAAGAGCCUAAAUGUGUCGUCCUCUGUAAACCAGGCUUCUCGGCUCAUUGACGGCAGCGAGCCCUGCUGGCAGUCCUCUGGCUCUCAGGGAAAGCAUUGGAUUCGUUUGGAGAUUUUCCCAGAUGUUCUUGUUCAUAGAUUAAAAAUGAUAGUAGAUCCUGCUGACAGUAGCUACAUGCCCUCCCUUGUUGUCGUAUCAGGUGGAAAUUCCCUAAAUAACCUAAUUGAAUUAAAGACAAUCAACAUUAACCCCACUGACACCACAGUGUCUCUUCUGAAUGACUGCACAGAGUAUCACAGGUAUAUUGAAAUUGCAAUAAAGCAGUGCAGAAGCUCAGGAAUUGAUUGUAAGAUCCAUGGUCUCAUCCUACUUGGACGGAUCCGUGCAGAGGAGGAAGAUUUGGCCGCAGUUCCUUUCUUAGCAUCAGAUAAUGAAGAAGAGGAAGAUGAAAAAGGCAAUAGUGGGAGCCUUAUUAGAAAGAAGGCUACAAGUCUGGAAUCGGCGGCCACAAUAAGAACCAAAGUGUUUGUGUGGGGCCUGAAUGACAAGGACCAGCUGGGCGGGCUGAAGGGCUCCAAGAUAAAAGUUCCUUCAUUCUCUGAGACACUGUCUGCUUUGAAUGUAGUACAGGUGGCUGGUGGUUCUAAAAGCUUGUUUGCAGUGACAGUGGAAGGAAAGGUGUACGCCUGUGGAGAAGCCACGAAUGGUCGGCUGGGUCUGGGUAUCUCCAGCGGCACUGUGCCCAUCCCCCGGCAGAUCACAGCGCUCAGCAGUUAUGUGGUUAAGAAGGUGGCCGUUCACUCAGGUGGAAGGCAUGCGACAGCUUUAACUGUCGAUGGGAAGGUGUUUUCCUGGGGUGAAGGUGAUGAUGGCAAACUUGGACACUUCAGCAGAAUGAACUGUGACAAGCCUCGGCUGAUAGAGGCCCUGAAAACCAAACGAAUCCGGGAUAUUGCCUGUGGAAGCUCUCACAGUGCAGCCCUCACGUCCAGCGGGGAACUGUACACCUGGGGCCUUGGAGAGUACGGCCGCUUGGGACAUGGGGAUAACACAACACAGCUGAAGCCCAAAAUGGUGAAAGUCCUUCUUGGUCACAGAGUCAUCCAGGUGGCGUGUGGAAGUAGAGAUGCACAGACCCUGGCUCUGACCGAUGAAGGUUUGGUAUUUUCCUGGGGCGAUGGUGACUUUGGCAAAUUGGGCCGAGGAGGAAGUGAAGGCUGUAACAUUCCCCAGAACAUUGAAAGACUAAAUGGACAGGGCGUGUGCCAGAUCGAGUGCGGAGCACAGUUCUCCCUGGCCCUCACCAAGUCGGGAGUGGUGUGGACAUGGGGGAAGGGGGACUACUUCAGGCUGGGCCAUGGCUCCGACGUGCACGUGCGGAAGCCGCAGGUGGUAGAAGGGCUGAGAGGAAAGAAGAUCGUGCACGUGGCCGUCGGUGCCUUGCACUGCCUGGCGGUCACUGAUGCAGGGCAGGUAUACGCUUGGGGUGACAAUGACCAUGGCCAACAGGGCAAUGGCACGACCACAGUUAAUAGAAAGCCCACACUUGUGCAAGGCCUAGAAGGUCAGAAGAUCACGCGAGUGGCUUGUGGGUCUUCGCACAGUGUGGCAUGGACAACCGUGGAUGUGGCAACACCCUCUGUUCACGAGCCUGUCCUCUUCCAGACUGCAAGGGACCCUUUAGGUGCUUCCUAUUUAGGUGUGCCUUCAGAUGCUGAUUCUUCUGCUGCCAGUAAUAAAAUCAGUGGUGCAAAUAAUUCUAAACCAAAUCGCCCUUCUCUUGCCAAGAUUCUUCUGUCAUUAGAUGGAAAUCUGGCCAAACAGCAGGCCUUAUCUCAUAUACUUACAGCACUGCAAAUAAUGUAUGCCAGAGACGCUGUGGUUGGGGCCCUGAUGCCAGCCGGCAUGGUCGCCCCAGUGGAGUGUCCCUCGUUCUCCUCCUCGGCACCCCCUUCUGAUGUGUCUGCUGUGGCCAGUCCCAUGAAUGGAGAGGAAUGUGUGCUGGCUGUUGAUUUUGAAGAUAGGCUGAGUCCAAAUCCAUGGCAGGAAAAGCGAGGAGAGAUUGCCUCCUCUGAGGAUGCUGUGACCCCCUCCGCGGUGACUCCAUCUGCUGCUUCAGCUUCUUCUCGGCCAUUUAUCCCUGUUACAGAUGACCCAGGAGCUGCCAGCAUCAUUGCAGAAACCAUGACCAAAACCAAAGAGGAUGUUGAAAGCCAAAAUAAAGCAUCAGGCCCAGAACCCCAGUCCUUGGAUGAGUUCACCAGUCUUCUGGUUGCAGAUGACACCCGUGUCAUAGUAGACCUGCUCAAGCUGUCUGUGUGCAGCCGGGCGGGGGACAAGGGCAGAGACGUGCUUUCGGCUGUGCUGUCUGGCAUGGGCACCGCCUACCCACAGGUGGCAGAUAUGUUGUUGGAGCUCUGUGUCACUGAGUUGGAGGACGUGGCUACUGACUCACAGAGUGGCCGCCUGUCCUCUCAGCCUGUGGUGGUGGAAAGUAGCCAUCCCUACACUGAUGACACUUCCUCCAGCGGCACAGUGAAGAUACCAGGUGCAGAAGGACUCAGGGUGGAGUUUGACCGGCAGUGCUCCACAGAGAGGCGCCAUGACCCUCUUACAGUCAUGGACGGUGUCAACAGGAUUGUCUCCGUGCGGUCAGGCCGAGAGUGGUCCGACUGGUCCAGCGAGUUGCGCAUCCCGGGGGAUGAGUUGAAGUGGAAGUUCAUCAGUGACGGAUCUGUGAAUGGGUGGGGCUGGCGCUUCACAGUCUACCCCAUCAUGCCAGCUGCAGGCCCUAAAGACCUCCUUUCCGAUCGCUGUGUCCUCUCCUGUCCAUCCAUGGACUUGGUGACGUGUCUGCUGGACUUCAGGCUCAACCUUGCCUCAAACAGAAGCAUCAUCCCCCGCCUGGCAGCAUCAUUGGCGGCGUGCGCGCAGCUGAGUGCCUUAGCUGCCAGUCACAGGAUGUGGGCCCUUCAAAGACUGAGGAAACUGCUUACAACUGAGUUUGGACAAUCAAUUAACAUAAAUAGGCUUCUUGGAGAUAAUGAUGGGGAAACAAGAGCCUUGAGUUUUUCAGGCAGUGCUCUUGCUGCUUUGGUGAAAGGCCUUCCAGAAGCUUUGCAGAGGCAGUUUGAAUAUGAAGAUCCUAUCGUGAGAGGUGGCAAACAGCUGCUGCACAGCCCAUUCUUUAAGGUGCUGGUAGCUCUCGCUUGUGACCUGGAAUUAGACACUCUCCCUUGCUGUGCUGAGACGCACAAGUGGGCUUGGUUCCGAAGGUACUGCAUGGCCUCCCGUGUGGCUGUGGCGCUGGACAAGAGAACACCGCUGCCCCGCCUCUUUCUCGACGAGGUGGCUAAGAAAAUCCGUGAGUUAAUGGCAGAUGGUGAAAAUAUGGAUGUUCUCCAUGAGAGCCACGACAUUUUUAGAAGAGAGCAAGAUGAACAGCUGGUGCAGUGGAUGAACAGGCGACCAGACGAUUGGACCCUUUCUGCUGGCGGCAGUGGAACAAUUUAUGGAUGGGGUCAUAAUCAUAGGGGUCAGCUUGGGGGCAUUGAAGGUGCAAAAGUUAAAGUCCCCACUCCGUGUGAAGCCCUUGCAGCUCUCAGACCCGUGCAGUUAAUUGGAGGAGAGCAGACGCUCUUUGCAGUGACAGCUGAUGGGAAGCUGUAUGCCACUGGGUAUGGUGCUGGCGGUAGACUAGGAAUUGGAGGGACAGAGUCGGUAUCCACCCCAACGUUGCUUGAGUCCAUUCAGCAUGUGUUUAUUAAGAAAGUAGCCGUGAACUCGGGAGGAAAGCACUGCCUUGCCCUCUCUUCAGAAGGAGAAGUUUAUUCAUGGGGCGAGGCAGAAGAUGGAAAGCUGGGGCAUGGCAACAGAAGUCCUUGUGACCGUCCUCGUGUCAUUGAGUCUCUGAGAGGAAUUGAGGUGGUUGAUGUUGCUGCUGGUGGAGCCCACAGUGCCUGUGUCACCGCUGCUGGGGACCUCUACACGUGGGGCAAAGGCCGGUACGGCCGCCUGGGGCACAGUGACAGUGAGGACCAGUUAAAGCCAAAGCUGGUGGACGCGCUGCAGGGUCACCGCGUGGUCGAUGUUGCCUGUGGCAGUGGGGACGCCCAGACCCUCUGCCUCACAGACGACGAUACUGUCUGGUCCUGGGGGGACGGGGACUAUGGCAAACUGGGCAGGGGAGGCAGCGAUGGCUGCAAAGUGCCCAUGAAGAUCGAUUCUCUUACAGGCCUCGGAGUGGUUAAAGUGGAAUGUGGAUCCCAGUUUUCUGUUGCCCUGACCAAGUCUGGCGCUGUUUAUACUUGGGGCAAAGGUGAUUAUCACAGGCUGGGCCACGGAUCUGACGACCAUGUUAGAAGACCUCGGCAGGUCCAGGGGCUUCAGGGGAAGAAAGUCAUUGCCAUUGCCACCGGCUCCCUGCACUGUGUGUGCUGCACUGAGGACGGUGAAGUUUAUACGUGGGGUGACAAUGAUGAGGGACAACUGGGAGAUGGAACAACAAAUGCCAUCCAGAGGCCUCGGUUGGUAGCUGCCCUUCAGGGUAAGAAGGUCAACCGUGUGGCCUGUGGCUCAGCACACACUCUCGCCUGGUCAACCAGCAAGCCCGCCAGCGCCGGGAAGCUCCCUGCACAGGUACCCAUGGAGUACAAUCACCUGCAGGAGAUCCCCAUCAUAGCGCUGCGGAACCGGCUGCUGCUGUUGCAUCACAUCUCAGAGCUCUUCUGCCCCUGCAUCCCCAUGUUUGAUCUGGAGGGCUCUCUUGAUGAAACUGGCCUCGGGCCCUCUGUGGGAUUUGACACUCUGCGAGGAAUUCUGAUAUCCCAGGGAAAGGAGGCAGCUUUCCGGAAAGUAGUGCAAGCAACUAUGGUGCGAGAUCGCCAGCAUGGUCCUGUGGUGGAGUUGAACCGGAUCCAGGUCAAGCGUUCAAGGAGUAAGGGCGGCCUGGCGGGCCCCGAUGGGACCAAGUCUGUCUUUGGGCAGAUGUGUGCUAAGAUGAGUUCCUUCAGUCCUGACAGCCUCCUCCUCCCGCACCGUGUCUGGAAGGUCAAAUUCGUGGGUGAAUCUGUGGAUGACUGUGGUGGUGGCUACAGCGAGUCCAUAGCCGAGAUCUGUGAAGAGCUGCAGAAUGGACUUACCCCACUUCUGAUUGUGACGCCCAAUGGGAGGGACGAGUCGGGGGCCAACCGUGACUGUUACCUGUUCAGCCCGGCUGCCAGGGCACCUGUGCACACCAACAUGUUCCGCUUCCUGGGUGUGUUGCUGGGCAUCGCCAUCCGGACUGGGAGUCCCCUGAGUCUGAACCUUGCCGAGCCUGUCUGGAAGCAGCUGGCUGGGAUGAGCCUCACCAUCGCAGACCUCAGUGAGGUGGAUAAAGAUUUUAUCCCUGGGCUCAUGUACAUCCGUGACAACGAAGCCACCUCAGAGGAGUUUGAGGCCAUGAGCCUGCCCUUCACGGUGCCAAGCGCCAGCGGCCAGGACAUCCAGCUGAGCUCCAAGUACACGCACAUCACCCUGGACAACCGUGCCGAGUACGUCCGGCUUGCAAUAAACUACAGGCUCCAUGAAUUUGAUGAGCAGGUGGCUGCUGUUCGGGAGGGGAUGGCUCGAGUCGUGCCCGUCCCCCUUCUUUCUCUGUUUACUGGAUACGAGUUGGAGACGAUGGUGUGUGGCAGCCCAGAUAUCCCUCUGCACCUUUUAAAGUCGGUGGCGACAUACAAAGGGGUGGAGCCCUCUGCGUCCCUGAUCCAGUGGUUCUGGGAGGUGAUGGAGUCCUUCUCCAACACUGAGCGCUCCCUCUUCCUCCGCUUUGUGUGGGGCCGCACGAGGCUGCCCAGGACCAUCGCCGACUUCCGGGGCAGAGACUUCGUCAUUCAGGUGUUGGAUAAGUACAACCCUCCUGACCACUUCCUUCCUGAGUCCUACACCUGCUUCUUUUUGCUGAAGUUGCCCAGGUAUUCCUGUAAGCAGGUGCUGGAGGAGAAGCUGAAAUAUGCCAUCCACUUUUGCAAGUCGAUAGACACAGAUGAUUAUGCUCGCAUAGCCCUCACAGGAGAGCCAGCUGCUGAUGACAGCAGUGACGACUCGGAGAACGAGGAUGUGGAUUCCUUUGCUUCAGACUCUACACAGGAUUAUUUAACAGGACACUGAGGUGGCGAAAUGCCAUCCAGCACAAGACUCCACGAGCCUGAGCGAGGAGGCCAAGUGCUGCAGUUUAGAGAGCAGGGGCGCGCCAUGUGCCGUGAGAAGGUUAGUCUUCUGAUGUGUGGGAUCAUGAUCGGAGAGUUAGCCUUGCACGUGGAGACUCAGAAGGGUCCUCUCACCCAUGAUGCUGCAUUACAUAUAGGACUUCUGUGUAAAUGUUAAAUAAACAUUUACUGAAGCGUGUAAAUGUUUAUAUCAAGACUGAAUUGCAGCGUGUCCGAAAUGAAUAAAAAGGCUUUUUCCUUGUGGGUGCAAUAGAUUUUUUUCCUUCCUUUUAAGUGUUGUGCAUUGUCUUGAUUGUACAUUGGAAAUACUGUGUAACAAUUAAAUCGUAUUAUAAAUAUUUCAAUUAACUUUACUCAGAAUUUGUUUAUUAAAAGUUUUUUGAACAUUAAUCAGUAUUACUUGAAUGCAUCCAGAGGUUUUUUAAACCAAAACCAAACCAAAAGGCCAUCAGUCUCCCCCACUCCCCAGGUGCACAUUCUAGCAUAUUGCGGUGUGUAACUUGAGUCUCAGCCUUUCUGUGAGUGGUAUCAUAACUUCUAUCAUGGAAAGUACUAUAUAUAAUGUUUGUGUCAUGUAUAUGCCUAAAUUUUAAUUCCCUAUAAAUAAACAUCUGUCACAAAAUUGUAAA